AAGCCUCUUUCAUUAAUUGUAACCGCAUGGGUUGCGUCCAGACCGUCCCCAACGAUCGUGUUGCCGUUAUCACAAGAUUCGGUAAGUUCGACCGUCUCGGCCAGCCAGGUUUGCUGUGUUUGCCGAUACCCUGUAUCUGUGUGAGGGCCGGGGAUGUCUCUGUGAGAAUUCAAGAGACUUCUAUGACCUGCGAAACGAAGACUAAGGAUAACGUCUUUGUUAGCAUACAAGUAGCCGUACAAUAUGAAGUAAUCAAGGCGAAGAUCUACGAAGCUUUCUAUCGCCUUCACAACCCCACAGUACAGAUCAACUCGUACGUAUUUGAUGUGGUUCGAUCGACGGUGCCUGGCAUGCUACUUGAUGACGUCUUCGAAUCAAAAGACGAGGUUGCCAAACAAGUGAAGGAUCAGUUGCAGAAGAUUAUGGGUGAAUUUGGAUUCCAGAUCAAUCAGGCUUUGGUAACUGACAUAUCUCCUAAUCGUAAAGUUAGGGAUGCCAUGAACGAGAUCAACGCCAACCGCAGGCUGAGAGUGGCGGCUACUGAGAAGGCUGAGGCGGAAAAGGUCGUCAUUGUGAAGCAAGCAGAAGCAGAGGCCGAAUCGAAGUUCCUGCAAGGACAGGGAGUGGCCCGGCAGCGCAAGGCGAUCGUUGAUGGUCUACGCGAAUCAGUAGGAGAUUUCCAAGAGGCUAUUCAUGAGAUGUCCGCAAAGGAUGUGUUGGAAUUGGUAUUGGUAACGCAAUAUUUCGACACUCUAAAAGAGGUCGGAAGCUCCUCAAAGGCUAAUACGGUGUUCGUGAGUAACUCGCAGAAGAGCGUAACCGACGAGAUUAAGAUGGGAGUGUUGCAAGCCAGAGCCGGCGCGGGCUUAUAACGAUGAGGGGAAAAGUUUUUGAUAAAUGUGAAGAUAUCAAUGAAGCCUAUUAGAUGAGAAUAGUUAUUAUCAGUU